AUGGCGGAGUUCUUUCAGCUCAACAAACCCACCGAACCGAAACCAGCGUCCCAGAACCGGGAGCACCAUCAUCAUCCUCCACCGGCCAAAAAAAUCCGACACGAAGAGAAAAUAUUUAAAGCCAAGAAGAUGAACGGAGGCACGGAGCAGCAGAAUUACAGCAGCUGUCGUUCACACGCCAGAGACGGCGAGAAGAAGAGAGAGAGAGAGAAGGACAGAGAAAAAGAGCAGGAGAAAGAGAUGAAGGAGAAAAGAAAACAUAAGCUGAUGAUGGAGAUGAAGAGAGAGAAUGGAGAGGUGAAGAUCCUGGAGAAAGGUGACCGAGAGAAGCCGAAGAUCGACUCCGCUGAGGAUCUGCUGAUGAAAAAGGUCAAGAAGAAAAAGAAAAAGAAACACAAAGAAGGUGAAAAGCGGAAGCGGCCCAAGAUGUACAGCAAAUCUAUCCAGACGGUGUGUUCUGAUCUCCCCAAAUCUGGCUCAGAACUCAAGCCGCCACCUCCUCCAGUCCAGCAGGGCGACGCUCUGAGCUCCGUCAGCAGCCUGAAGCAGGAGAACAGCUGUGGCCAGAGCGCGAGCGCAGCAGACGGCGAGGCCAGAGCCGCUAAACUGGAGCGGCUGGAGUUCGGCUGUCUGGUUCACGUGGAGCACCAGCCGAACGGAGGAGCUCUGGUGGCUCACGCCUACAGCAAGGAGCUCUCUGUCCUGUCUCCUGUGGAGAUGCAGAGGUUUGCGCAGGAGUUUGUGACGCUGGCGUUUUGCGAGGACCAGGAUGGAGCCGCUAACUACGUGAUGGGUGUGAUUCACGGCGCCGCCUCCUACCUCCCAGACUUCCUGGAGUACUUCUCUACUAAGUUCCCCAACUCACCCGUCAAAAUGGAGAUCCUGGGAAAGAAGGACAUCGAGACGACUACUAUGGCAAACUUCCACACUCAGGUGAGGAGGAGUUACUCUCACGGGACAUACCGCGCCGGUGCUAUGAGGCAGAUCAGUCUGGUGGGCGCCGUGGACGAGGAGGUGGGCGAUUAUUUCCCAGAGUUCCUCAGUAUGCUGGAGAAGUCGCCCUUCCUGGAGCGGACGCUGCCGUGGGGGACGUUCUCCAAUCUGAAGCUGAAGAGCCCGACAGACAGAUCGGGAUUGUUUGUGUUUUCUUGCAGUGCUGAUCCUCCACGCAUAACCAAAGACGUGAUCUGUUUCCACGCGGCUGAUUUCCCUGAUGUGGUGCAGCGGCUGCAGUUAGACCUGUAUGAGCCGCCUCUGUCUCAGUGUGUGCAGUGGGUGGAUGAUGCUAAACUCAAUCAGCUGAGGCGAGAGGGAAUCCGCUACGCUCGUAUCCAGCUCUACGAUAACGACAUCUACUUUAUCCCUCGCAACGUAGUUCACCAGUUCAAGAGCGUGUCGGCCGUGUGCAGCCUUGCCUGGCACGUGCGUUUGAAGCAGUAUCAUCAGCAGCCCGAGGUAGAGGAGGCUCGUGAGGAAGGCGAGGAGCUGAAGCAGCACAUCAAGCAGGAGUCAGCUGGCGAGAAUGGCAGAGCUGCAAACACAGACUGCAGACCUGCGCAAGAGUCGCCGUGCGUAAUGCAAAUAAAGAUGGAGCGGGCGGAGCUACUUGCUGACAGACCGCCCAAACCUCCUCCUGGAAGUAACAGCUCGACUCCGCCUCUCGUCUCCUCUGACGGCCGACCCAAAGCACACCACACGGCAGAAUGUCCAAGCGCUCCGUCACACCCGUCAAGCAACCCCACAGCCGGUCCACACACACCCAAACACACGCACACACCAGCACCAACCAAACACACACACACACCAGCACCAACCAAACACACACACACCUCCGCCUCCAGAUAUCUCCAUUCUUCCUCUGUCCCCAAACUGGGCUACACGCCCUCAACACCAACUAAACUCAGCCAUUCUGCCAACACAACCAAACCCAUGCAACCUACUAACACAUCCAAACCAACACAACUGGCUAACAUAACCAAACCAACACAACCCACUAAUGCGACCAAACCCACACAACCUACUAACACAACCAAACUCACACACCCUACUAACACAACCAAACCAACACAACCUACUAACAUAACCAAACCAACACAACCCGUUAACACAACCAAACUCACACAACCUACUAACACAACCAAACCAACCCAACCUACUAACACAACCAAACCCACACACCCUACUAACACAACCAAACCAACACAACCUACUAACACAACCAAACUCACACACCCUACUAACACAACCAAACCAACACAACCUACUAACACAACCAAACUCACACACCCUACUAACACAGCCAAACCAACACAACCUACUAACAUAACCAAACCCACACACUCUGCGAACACAGCCAAACACACACACUCCACACUAAUAACCAAACCCGGCCCCAAACUGAGCUCUGGACUGUCAAUCAGCUGGACUGCUCCGCCCCUGGCCCUGCCCCAGGCCACGCCCCCUCUGAGGCCAGACCGCCCCCCAGACUCUCUGCACCCAAAGGUGGUCAGAGCUCACCUGCAUGAACCACACAAAGACUUUUUAUACUGA